AUCAAGGGCGAGUCAGCCGGGCUCGGGCGGAGAGAGGAGCUGCUACGCCACAGCCCAGCGGCGGCCAUUCGCGGAAAAAGAGGCAGAGCCUGUGCCAGCUACAGCCUCCUCCGAGCCACCGCGGGCGGGCGGGACCGGCCUCUCCUCCCGCCUCGCCCCCACCCCCACCCACCUCUAUCCCAGUGUCUCCGUCUGAGGGUUUGUCCUGUUAAUGCGGGAUGAGCGAUCAGAAGAAGGAGGAGGAGGAGGAGGCGGUGGCGGUGGCGAUGGCUACAGAAGGAGGGAAAACCUCUGAGCCAGAGAAUAACAAUAAAAAACCCAAAACCUCAGGCUCCCAGGACUCUCAGCCCUCUCCUCUGGCUUUACUGGCAGCUACUUGCAGCAAAAUAGGGACUCCUGGUGAAAAUCAAGCAACUGGACAACAACAAAUUAUUAUAGAUCCAAGCCAAGGACUGGUGCAACUUCAAAAUCAACCACAACAGCUAGAACUGGUAACAACACAACUUGCUGGAAACGCUUGGCAACUUGUUGCCUCCACUCCCCCUGCUUCAAAAGAAAAUAACGUUUCUCAACCCGCUUCUAAUUCAUCUAGUUCUUCCAACAGUAAUAACGGGAGUGCGUCUCCUACAAAAACAAAAUCAGGUAAUUCUUCUACCCCUGCUCAAUUUCAAGUCAUACAAGUACAAAAUCCAAGUGGCAAUGUUCAAUACCAAGUGAUUCCACAGCUUCAGACAGUGGAAGGUCAGCAAAUCCAAAUCAAUCCUACUAGUAGUUCAUCUCUACAGGAUUUGCAGAGUCAAAUUCAGCUAAUUUCUGCAGGUAAUAAUCAAGCUAUACUCACGGCUGCUAACAGGACAGCUUCUGGGAAUAUUCUUGCUCAAAACCUGGCAAAUCAGACAGUUCCUGUCCAGAUUAGACCUGGUGUUUCAAUACCACUGCAGUUACAAACCCUCCCUGGUACCCAGACCCAGGUUGUAACUACCCUACCAAUUAACAUCGGAGGAGUAACUUUAGCUUUGCCUGUGAUAAACAACGUAACUGCUGGAGGAGGGACUGGACAGGUUGGCCAGCCUGCUACUACUACUGAUAGUGGGACUUCUAAUGGGAAUCAGUUAGUUUCCACACCCAUCACCACCACUGCUUCUGCCAAUACUAUGCCGGAAUCUCCCUCCUCUUCCACUACCUGCACAACCACUGCUUCCACAUCUCUGACGAGCAGUGACACAUUAGUGAGCUCAGCAGAUGCGGGCCAGUAUGCAAGCACAUCAGCCAGUAGUUCUGAACGCACCAUUGAAGAAUCCCAAACGCCUGCUGCCACUGAGUCUGAAGCCCAGAACUCUAGUCAGCUUCAGCCAAAUGGACUACAGAAUGCACAAGAUCAAUCAAAUUCUCUCCAGCAGGUGCAAAUUGUAGGCCAGCCUAUUUUACAACAGAUCCAGAUCCAGCAGCCUCAGCAACAGAUUAUUCAGGCCAUUCCACCUCAGUCAUUUCAGCUCCAGUCAGGGCAGACAAUUCAGACCAUCCAGCAGCAGCCUUUACAGAAUGUUCAACUUCAAGCUGUAAAUCCGACUCAGGUGCUUAUCAGGGCUCCAACUUUAACACCUUCAGGGCAAAUCAGUUGGCAGACUGUCCAGGUUCAGAAUAUUCAGAGUCUUUCAAAUUUACAAGUUCAGAAUGCUGGGUUAUCCCAACAAUUAACCAUCACCCCAGUGUCUUCAAGUGGUGGCACAGCUCUUGCUCAGAUCGCUCCUGUGGCUGUUACGGGUGCCCCACUAACUCUGAAUACUGCCCAGCUUGCAUCAGUGCCUAACCUUCAGACAGUGAGUGUUGCCAACCUGGGUGCUGCAGGCGUUCAAGUGCAGGGAGUUCCAGUUACAAUCACUAGUGUUGCAGGUCAGCAGCAAGGACAGGAUGGAGUAAAAGUCCAACAAGCUACUAUAGCUCCCGUAACCGUAGCAGUUGGAGGAAUUGCUAAUGCAACGAUAGGUGCUGUUAGUCCUGACCAACUCACUCAAGUGCAUUUGCAGCAGGGCCAGCAAACUUCUGAUCCAGAGGUGCAGCCUGGCAAGAGGCUUCGAAGAGUUGCAUGUUCCUGUCCUAAUUGUAGGGAAGGAGAAGGAAGAGGCAGUAAUGAACCAGGAAAAAAGAAACAACAUAUCUGUCAUAUUGAAGGAUGUGGAAAAGUGUAUGGCAAAACGUCUCACCUACGAGCACAUCUUCGCUGGCAUACUGGAGAAAGACCUUUUGUAUGCAACUGGAUGUUUUGUGGCAAAAGGUUCACAAGGAGUGAUGAGCUUCAAAGACAUAGAAGAACUCAUACAGGUGAAAAGAGAUUUGAAUGCCCGGAAUGUUCUAAAAGGUUUAUGCGCAGUGAUCAUCUCUCUAAACAUGUCAAAACGCACCAGAAUAAGAAAGGCGGUGGGACAGCCCUUGCCAUUGUUACCUCCGGAGAACUGGACUCAUCCGUUACAGAGGUGCUUGGCUCCCCGAGAAUUGUCACAGUUGCAGCCAUUUCUCAAGAUUCAAACCCAGCAACUCCCAAUGUUUCAACCAAUAUGGAAGAAUUCUGAAAAGUUAUUUAUACCGAGACCUCUAGUGCUGCACUUAAGUUUACACACCUUUGAAUAUCCGGAAUGGGCUGGUCAAGUGGAUUACAGAGUAGGAAAUCGUGUUUUCAUUCUUGGCUUUUAUGUAUUCCAAGAUUUUGGGUCAACACAUAAAGCAUUGAAUUUUUUAAAUUACAGGAAGCAAAUGAUGUACUGGAAACAGAUGGAAAAGUAUUUCCUCCAUAUUAUAAGUUGUAGCUGUUUGGAACUAUAUCACAUAACCUUUAAAAUGAAUCUUCCCCUCUCUUAAUAUCAUGUGUUAACUGUUUUAAAAGAUCUCACUAGUUUGCAGGCUGGAUCUUAAUUAGACUUGAAAGUACUUUCUCAUAAAUUCAGUCAGUAAUAUUUUACAUGUGUUUCUUUUUCUCAAUAGCACAGAAAAACAGAUAGUUAACUAAUGAUAGGGAUAAUGCUGUAUUUCGUUGGCCUGAUUAUUUUGAAAAUCAACUUAAAAUAAUUUUGGCCGUCUUUUCUAAAUGUUAGAAAUUCUACAGCUGA